AUGUCCUUCAAAGGAAUUAAGAAGUCCCUUGUGAGGGCACCUCAGAACUUUCGUCAAAAGCUCAAUAUGGGCGAAGUUACUCAGGAUCCUGUUUAUAUUGAUGCUGAAAGAAGGUUCAAAGAAUUGGAAAUUGAGACCAAGAAGCUCAGUGAUGAGUCCAAACGGUACUUUAAUGCUGUGAACGGCAUUUUGGACAACCAGAUUGAUUUUUCCAAGGCAAUUGAGGAAAUCUAUAAGCCUAUCAGUGGAAGGGUUUCUGACCCCAGCAGCACGGUUCCUGAGGACAAUCCCGAGGGAAUCCAAGCCAGUGAGCAAUACCGUGAAGUGGUGAAGGAGCUCAAGGAGACUCUUAAACCAGACUUGGAAUUAAUCGAGAAACGGGUGGUGAACCCAGCUCAGGAACUUCUCCAGGUUAUUCAAUCCAUUAGAAAAAUGGCAACCAAACGUGACCACAAGCAGGUUGAUCUUGAUCGUCACAAGCGAACUUUCAAGAAGUACGAGGACAAGAAGGAGCGAACUGCCAAAGAUGAGGAAAAGAUGUAUAAUGCUGAGGCAGAAGUUCAUGUAGCACAGGAGGAGUACGACUACUAUAAUGAGAUGUUGAAGAAUGAAUUGCCGGUUUUGUUCCAGAUGCAAUCAGACUUCAUUCGUCCACUUUUCGUCAGUUUCUACUACAUGCAAUUGAACAUCUUCUAUACGUUGUACCAACGCAUGGAGGAACUCAAGAUUCCAUACUUUGACUUGAACUCCGACAUUGUUGAGGCUUAUCACUUCAAGAAAGGAAACAUUGAAGAGCAAACCGAUGCGAUAGGAAUCACCCAUUUCAAGCAGGGACACGCCAAGGCCAAAUUGGAAGCAACCAAAAGAAGACAUGCAGCAGCUGGUGCCGGAGCCACUGGCUCCCCUGUUCCCGGAGAACAGCUUCCACCUUACUCUCCUGACCAGGGACAAUAUGGACAGUACACUCAGUAUGGACAACAGCCAGGUCAACCGCAGUACGGACAACAACCAGGUCAACCGCAAUAUGGCCAACCUGCUCAGCCACAAUACGGACAACCUGCCUCGCCACAAUAUGGAAAACCUGCUCCGCUGUAUGGACAACCCGCUCAACCACAAUAUGGUCAAGCAUCAACACCAGUUUAUGGUCAAGCACCAGCACCAGCACCAGCUUAUGGAGACUACAAGAGUCCGCAAGGACCAGGUUACCAGUCGCCUACAACUGCCGCAUCAACAUAUUCUUCUCCCCCUCUGGCCCAAAGCGUUCCCUCAUACGGAACGCCUGUGACACCUGCCUCUGCCGCACCCGUUCCAGCGCCCGUUCCAGCUCAGGCCCAAACCUGCACGGCUCUUUACGAUUACACGGCCCAGGCGCAAGGAGACCUUAGUUUCACAGCAGGAGCUGUAAUUGAAGUUGUUGACCGUACCAGUGACGCCAAUGGGUGGUGGACAGGACGGUACAAUGGCCAGACCGGAGUCUUUCCAGGAAACUAUGUACAAUUGAAUUAG